UUAGUUUUAUAAAAGCAAUCAAGGAAGACGGACGUGUCAAUCAAAAUGUCAAAUUUAAUUUCAAACCUCGGGCUAAGUCUGGAUGAAUACCAGCAAGCACAAUCUUUUAAUCAAAUGGCUCAGCCUCCUUUUCAGCAGGCACAAGCUUACAGUAAGUUUGGCCCUUUUAAACAGGCAAAUGCUUACAAUCAGUUGGCACAAGCUCAGUAUGCUCAAGCUCCGUACCAGUAUGCCCAAGCUUAUUCACAGCAGGCUCAAGCUCAAGCUCCGUACCAGCAAGCCCAAGCUUAUUCACAGCAGGCUCAAGCUCAAGCUCCAUACCAGCAAGCCCAAGCUUAUUCACAGCAGGCUCAAGCUCAAGCACCAUACCAGCAAGCCCCAGCUUAUUACCAGCAGGCUCAAGCUCCAUACCAGAAAGCCCCAGCUUAUAAUCAGCAGGCUCAAUCUCAAGCUCCAUACCAGCAAGCCCCAGCUUAUCAGCAGGCUCAGGCUCCUCUUCAGCAGGCUCAGGCUCCUCUCCAGCAGGCUCAGGCUCCUCUCCAGCAGGCUCAGGCUCCCCUCCAGCAGGCCCAGGCUCCUCUUCAGCAAGCUCAGGCUCCUCUCCAGCAGGCUCAGGCUCCUCUCCAGCAGGCUCAGGCUCCUCUCCAGCAGGCUCAGGCGCAGCAGUCACAACAAAUUGAAGCUCAGUAUCAACAGGCACAGGCUCAGUUGUCAAAAGCCCAGCAAGCUUUAGCUCAAUUGGCUGAUCUUUAACUCAAUCGUUUAGCGCUCAGUUUUAAACUGGGGGAACUUCAAAACGACAUUUCAAGUUCUCUAUUAAACUAUGUUGAUCUUAAAAUUGUUGUAGCAUUUAACUAGGAGAUAUUUAUACAAAUAAAUAUUUUUAUCUAAUAAUAAUAA